AUCACAACCGCAAAUACAACUUUGUCAGUUCUAUAUUUUCCGACCGUCACAGAAGACGGCGAUUAAGUAUUUUAUAGUCAAAAUUAAUUGUGAAAAUGCGUGAAAUAGUGCAUUUACAGGCGGGACAAUGUGGUAAUCAAAUUGGUUCAAAGUUCUGGGAGAUAAUAUCUGACGAGCAUGGCAUCGACCCCGUAGGGCACUACCACGGAGACUCUGACCUGCAGCUGGAGAGGAUCGGGGUGUACUACAACGAAGCUGAAGAUGGCAAGCGGUACGUGCCGCGUGCCGUGCUGGUGGACCUCGAGCCCGGGACCAUGGACGCCAUCCGCUCCUGCAGCUACGGCCAGCUGUUCAGGCCUGAUAACUACGUCUUCGGACAGAGUGGCGCUGGUAACAACUGGGCCAAGGGGCACUACACGGAGGGCGCUGAGCUGGUGGACUCUGUGAUGGAUGUUGUCCGGAAGGAGGCUGAGCCCUGCGACUGCCUGCAAGGUAAGCAUCACACAAAAUACUUUUACUUUGACCACAAUCACACCCCGGACACGAAUACAAUUUGCUGCAAAUCCACAAUAUUUAAUCCAAGUCAAAAACUCCGUGAUAUUCUAUUCUCAGGGUUCCAGCUCACACACUCCCUGGGCGGCGGCACGGGCUCCGGGCUGGGCACGCUGCUGCUCAGCAAGCUGCGCGAGGAGUACCCUGACCGGAUCGUCAACACGUUCAGUGUCAUGCCUUCUCCCAAGGUGUCAGACACGGUGGUGGAGCCCUACAACGCGACGCUGUCAGUCCAUCAGCUGGUGGAGAAUACGGACGAAACGUUCUGCAUCGACAAUGAGGCGCUCUACGACAUCUGCUUCCGAACCCUGAGGCUCGCCUCGCCCACGUACGGAGACCUCAACCAUCUUGUUUCGUUGACCAUGUCAGGAGUGACGACCUGCCUGCGGUUCCCGGGGCAGCUGAACGCGGACCUGCGCAAGCUGGCUGUGAACAUGGUACCCUUCCCAAGGCUGCACUUCUUCAUGCCUGGAUUCGCGCCCCUCACAGCAAGGAACAGUCAAGGGUACCGAGCGCUGACGGUGCCAGAGCUAACACAACAGAUGUUUAGCCCAGUGAACAUGAUGGCCGCCUGCGACCCGCGCCACGGCCGGUAUCUCACCGUCGCCGCCAUCUUCCGGGGCCGCAUGUCCAUGAAGGAGGUCGACGAGCAGAUGCUCACUGUCCAGGACAAGAAUUCCAGUUAUUUCGUGGAAUGGAUCCCUAACAACGUGAAGGUGGCUGUGUGCGACGUGCCCCCGCGCGGGCUCAAGAUGGCCGCCACAUUCGUUGGCAACACCACCGCCAUUCAGGAGAUCUUCAAACGCAUCUCCGAGCAGUUCACCGUCAUGUUCCGGAGGAAGGCGUUCCUGCAUUGGUACACCGGCGAGGGCAUGGACGAGCUGGAGUUCACUGAAGCAGAGAGUAACAUGAACGACCUGGUCUCCGAGUACCAGCAGUACGAGGAGGUGGGAGUCGACGAUGGAGAUUUUGAUGAACAAGAAGAAAUACCUGGAGAUGAAUAUGUUGAAGAAGAAAACUAAGUUCUAGUUUACUAAGUAGUCAAUGGUGUACUGAGUCCUGUGGGGUUAAAAUGGCCACAUCGAAGCAAUUCAUCUAAGAAAGCAAUAUUGCUAUUUGACAUUUGUUUGCAUUGCGCACUUACUUUUAUAUGCGCAAAUGUCAAAUUGCAACAUUGUUUUCUUAGAUGAAUUGUGGCCAUUUUAACCCCCCUGUUUGGAAUGUAUCGUGUGAGGUGUAAUUCAGAUAUACUACCAGUAACUUAGCUUGUAAUGCCCUCACUCAAUGUCCGUUAGAAUAUACAAUAAAUUACCUAAAUUCAUAACUGAAAUAGACAAAAUAUAUCU